AUUGUUGUUGUUGUUGACGUCAAAACAUACGUGUCGCCGUGAGAAUCUGCUCGCGCGAGCAGCCUCCGUGUUUUUAGAAACUACAGCAGAAAAAGAGGUCUGCCCUUGUUUCUUCCCAAAAAGCAAACAAACGACCCACACCACCAGCAUGGCGGAUCUCAAGCGCGAUCUCGACGAGUACCUGCUGCUGCAGGAAAAUCAGAAGAAAAACUUCAAGCUCGAGAUGCCCAAAAUGCCCUCCCUUCCAAAGCCCGACCUGAUGGGCAAGCUGUUCGGCCGCAACCAGGAACCGGAGGCAAACAGUUGGCUCAAGGAUACGCAAGACACUUGUUGCCCCAAGCUGUCCCGAAUCCAGCGGAUAGUCGGCUUCGUGACAUGCAUGGGACUCGGGAUAUUCUGCAUGAUCGUGUCCACGUUCUACAUACCCGUGCUGAUACUGAAGGCGAGAAAGUUUGCCCUCCUGUACACGCUGGGCAGUGUGUUUUUCAUCAUGAGCUUUUCCUUCCUGAGCGGCUUCGGUGCCAUGUUCCGGCAGAUGUUCUCCCGGGAGCGGGUCGCCAUGUCGAUCAGCUACACGUGCUGCCUCACGGCCACGCUGUACUUCGCGAUGGUUGCGCAAAGCACCGGGCUGACGGUGCUGUUCGCCGUGGCACAGAUCAUCACGCUGCUGUGGAUGAUUCUGGCCGCCAUCCCCGGCGGCAUGAGCGGGGUCAAGUUUUUCGGCAGCAUGUUCCGAAGUUCCGUGUCCAGCACGCUGCCCGUUUGAGGAGUAACGUAGCGCAAGUGAGAAGAGGACGCAUUAUACUGCAUGGAGAAAGCAAUCGCGAUGCGCAACUGUCUGUGUGUGAUAUCAUGUUUAGCUGUAGCUGUACGUAAGCCAGAGAUUACAAUUACGAUGUGUUUAGGUUAAAUGUACCCCCACUACUUUCUUGGACAGGUCCUGCUGAGCCGGGCGCAGGGAAGGCGUUUCCCGCAUGCCUUUCUGUGGCCGGUCAGAUAACGAUACUAAAGUAUUUUUCAAAUAAAACCGUACAACGUAUAUAAACGUAACAAAAUAAAAGAACAACAAAAUGCUU